GCCCUUGUAAAUUCGCACUGCACUUUGUAUUACAUUUUUCACGAGUGAACAUGUCGAACCCCCAGAGCAACGAGCAUAAAGUAGAUGCCAGCUGGAUUGGUUGGUUCGUUGGGAUGAUUGGCAACGAGUUCGUCUGCCGCGUGCCCAUCGACUUCAUAGAGGACAAGUUCAACCUGACGGGGCUGGAGUACUUGAAAGACACAAUGAACGUGGUCCUGGAACCGUUGUUCGACAGGUCCGUGGCCUGGGUCUCCGGCUACGAGGAGAAGCUGUACGGCAUGAUCCACGCCAGGUACAUUAUGUCGGCGCGUGGCGUGGAAGAUAUGCGCCUGAAGUAUCUGAUGGGGGACUUCGGAUCGUGUCCGAAGUUCUACUGUAAGGGGCAGAAAGCCCUGCCAGUGGGCCUCAGCGACAAGUGGGGCCAGUCCAAAGUUAAGAUCUACUGCCCAAGCUGUAAAGACGUCUUCCGGCCGAAAUACCGUCCAAAGCUGGACGGAGCCAUGUUCGGGACCAGCUUCCCGCACCUGUUCUUCAUGCAGUUUCCGAUGUUGAGACCCCAGCCGCCCGUGGAGAAGUACGUCCCCCGUAUCCAUGGAUUCCGGUUGCACGAGUCGGCCUUGAUGCCGCUCGAAUCGAGCGAGACAUCGAGCGAGACGUCGACCGAGGAUAUCGGAUCCACCUCGUCCCCCUCCUCCUGUCCGAAUUGACCAGGAUGUUUAACUCCACACGAUAUCUUGUUGUUGCUAUUAAACACAUUCCCUAGUGCGUUCAUAUGGCCAGCUACCAUAUACUCAUGCACCUCUUACACCUCAUACACCUAAUACACCUGAUACCACCUUUUCUAAAUAAAAUGUAAGCGACUAAUAAAAUUAUGAAAAAAUA